AUGUAUGAAACCUCCUUAUUAAUAAAGAACCUUGCACUCUUACUCGUGCCUCACAAUCACUGGUCUUCACUGAAUUCAGUCUGGAGUUUAAGGCUUAAUCUCCCGAUCGAAACAAAGUUAGCUUUGACCGUUUUGACGGAGAAUCUUCAUGGAGGAUAA